ACAUUCGCGCCAAGAGGAAAGCUGUGCGACAUCAAAAAUCAUUGUUUUCGCCGUAAAAUCUAACUCGACGACUAAUUCUCGUCGGAAUAAUGAUCCAAUUUCUGACGCAUGGGCGGACUCGAGGAUUACUCAUACUUUGCGAUGGGGAUGAGAUAUACAGUUAAUGAGAUGCCCCUCUAAGACGCGUGCGCCUUGCGAAUAGUCACGAUCGCGCUUGUGGCGAGAGUGUGUUCGCCGACGAACACGAACGGGCGGACCACCGGCUGGUUGCUGGCUGGUACGGCACUCGGGCGUGGUUUUUCACGUCGUCGCGGUGUGUGCUGUUGCCGGCCGGGAGACAAAAGACACCCCUGGGAGUUCGACCCCCUGAUCCCGACCGAAUAGGCCAGCCAGCCCAGCGACUAUCGCGGAGACUAGAAGCAUGCGGUAUCGCCGGUCGCCGAUCGUAUAGUCGCCGUGGAAUCCAUUUAAAUUGCUCGCUGGUCAGGAUCGGCGAUCGAGGUCACUCGUGAAUUAAAUGGCACGCCGCAUUACGGUGACGUCACUGUACGAACGUCACAUCGAAAUCCUGGUGAAACCGUCGUUGUCGUUAAAUUGCAUCAUGAUGCUCUUGGAAUUACAAUCUUAUCGAAAAUGACUGCAGCAACAAACAAGAUUUUUCUUCGGAGACAUGAGAUGAGAAAUUAAGCUAUUCGAGCAUCUUAGUGCCAUGCAGGUCCGUCUAGAUGGGAAGCUGGCGUUGCUAUAUACCUUAUUGGUCUUGCAAGUUCUAAUUGUUAUGAUCUAUGUCGCCACAACUCCGCCAGCUGAACUAAUUGCGACAACGACUCGUGCAUCUGUCAGUUUUGUAAAAUUUGAACCCUCACAGGAAUUGCAAGUAAAUCAGGGCAAUCGUAAAAAAUCACCAAUUUACCAGACAAUCAAUGGAGAGAUAGCGCUGAAGGAUGUCAAGACCUUUAGACUGUUUGAAGUAUACAAUCAUACUGCCUGCUGGAAAUUCGGGGUAGACGAGCGUAAGAUGAGAAAUAAUGAGCAUCUGGAAAGAUGUAUCUGCAAUCACGGAUGGCACGGCCUGGAUUGCGGACAGCCAGAAGUAGUAUGGAGAGCGAUCAUGGCAUCAAAACAGAAUGUCAGUCUGAAACGACGUAAAAACGUUAGGCGCAUCAUUCACACAUUUUUUCUGAACGAAUAUAAUUCAGCUAUCGCCGAAGUAAUAAUAGAGGAACUCUACGACGUGGUGGAUCUUUUUGUAAUUUGCGACUUCAACAAUGCGGAGGACAACUUUCGACACAAGCUGUCCAAGGGAUUAUUACAGCGGGAGCAGAAGAAGAUCCUAUACAUGAAUGUGGCGACAAAAUCUCGCAAGCCAUUGAGGAUAGUAUCGAGAUACGUCUGGAGUAAAAUUAAGGCUGUAGUGCAGAAUUUAAAGGACGAUGACAUCUACGUAACAACAGAAUCGGAGCAGAUACUGAACUCCAGGGCAUUAAUGUUCCUCAAAGUAUACGACGGUUGGCCUCAGCCUAUUGGAUUUAGAUUAAGAUGGUCGGUGUACGGCUUUUUUUGGCAGCACCCACUCAAGACAACGAUAACACUCGGUGCAUACACCGUAGGACUGAUGCACGAUGCCUAUCAAUCCAACUCGCUUGUACUGCGACAACAAUUGGAUGAAGACGCCAGUGAAAGAGAUAUUUUAGGAUUAGUUAUAGGAGAUUUGAAUCACUACGGCGGGUGGUACUGUAAUCUGUGCCAAGCGCCCGCUAAUAUUAUUAUCGGUCUUCGUAAUAAAGUCCAGUCGAAGGAGAUUCAUAUCGAGAAGACCAUCGACGUGCCGUUCGUUGAGGACCUAAUAGGAAGCGGACUGUGGUUGGAUGGUAAAAUCGGUCUUCUGAGAGUCUCUAAAUCCAGGGAUUUUUACUUCGCGCCUGAAACGAUUCUUAAUAACACGUGGAAGUAUGACUGGCUGGUAGAGAACUUCUACGCUAAAUUAGAUUACUACUGACGUACUGGUCGCACCCGACUGUGAUAUUAACUUAUACUCGAUACUCAAUGUACACUAAUGUAAUAUUAUACUGGAUUUAUACGCUAAAAUAUUACGUUGACGAAAUAUAAAUGUUAAAUGGUUUAUACAUAUAACUUA